CUCUCCUCCCGCUGUCCUCUCUCAGUAGCACACACAUUGCAGUCUCUCCCUCAAUCUCACACACACACACAGGCUAGCUGCAGAUAAAUCCACAAAUCACAGACUGGUACAGCACAGGACGGCAGGGGAAAAUAACGUCAAAACAAGCGAUUGAUUGAGUUGUGAAAAAGCGCGGCGACCACAGAGGUGAAACAUGCGAUUGUUAUAGGUUGUUGAUAUCUAUGGUUGAGAGCCUUCUACUUUUACAGUACCGCUCCUUUCCCUGGGCUUGUCUGAAGGACUAAAACAAAAAGGCAGCAUGACGGAAGGAACCAGGGAGUGAGAAGGCAUCGUUACCCUUCCCACACAGCGGGGAAACUGAAAUGCCCAUUUAGGAGGACAAAGGGGGUUAGAGAGGAGGGGGGGAGAGGGGUUGGAUGUCUGAGAGGGCUAAGGCUGUUCUCCAACACAGAGAUAACACAGGCUUGGGGAUGUUCUAGAGCCUUUGCUUCUGCAAAGGACAGAUGCACAGCGAGAGGACGAGGGGUCUGAAUACCAAUAACUACAGAGUAAAGAGAAGAGACUGGAUACUGUCCUGGGAGAAGACUGAAGACCGCAAUUAGUGAAUAGAUAAGAGACAGAGGAGGAUAAAUGUUGUGAAGCAGAAUGAAAUGUUUCAAACAUUUCAAAUCUUUUGUCGAUCCAGAAAACAUAAACUUGUUGUCUCUGAAAUCCUCGGGGCUCAUGCUUGAAAAACUAAAAUCGGAUUAUUUUGAUUCAUGCUCCAAUUAUCAGAACGAAUCAGUGGAUGGCAUCCUGAACAGCACAAGCAGCAAAACUUCUGUAAGUUUAUAUUCAUUUGUUUUCACAGUAAAACAGAACCAUGUGUUUGUCAUAAGGAGAUAGUAUCCAUGUGUUUAUCAUAAGGAGAUAGUAUCCAUGCGUUUGUCAUAAGGAGAUAGUAUCCAUGUGUUUAUCAUAAGGAGAUAGUAUCCAUGCGUUUGUCAUAAGGAGAUAGUAUCCAUGUGUUUAUCAUAAGGAGAUCGUAUCCAUGUGUUUAUCAUAAGGAGAUAGUAUCCAUGUGUUUAUCAUAAGGGGAUAGUAUCCAUGUGUUUAUCAUAAGGGGAUAGUAUCCAUGUGUUUAUCAUAAGGAGAUAGUAUCCAUGUGUUUAUCAUAAGGAGAUAGUAUCCAUGUGUUUAUCAUAAGGAGAUCGUAUCCAUGUGUUUAUCAUAAGGGGAUAGUAUCCAUGUGUUUAUCAUAAGGAGAUAGUAUCUAACUCGCAGUCUGUUCAGAUUGUAAUGCACAUUGUGGGUGAAAUUCAUUAUCUGUGCCCAUGUCCCUCUGCUAAUCCACUCUUCAUAUUUCUGAGGAUGUAUAAAAUGGACUGACCUAGCAACAGCUCCGCAUCGGGCCUUAGAACAGCCCAUAGUCAGGAGUUAUUCACACAAUAAUCCACGGGUCCUCAUGCCUUAUUGCUUAAGUGACAGAGAAACUGACAAGCAUCAAAUUGCUCAUAAGCGUGUUGAUUUGGGGCUGAGCUCAAGUCAAAGUGAAUAUGGAUAGGUGGACAGAGGGAUAGUGAUGCAACAACAGGUCUAUUUAGCCAUCAAUCAUGGAAUCAGGAGAGGAAAUAGCAAAACCAAAAAAGGGUUAAAAGCAAAUUGAAAAGACUCAGUUAUAGCAUUGUUUAAAAGAAAAACAAUCUGCUGGCUAUGUAAUGUACUCACACUCACCUCUACAAGUCACCUACUGCAGGGGACAAACCAAUCCUGUGCACGCCUCAGACGCUAUCUAUGAACUAAGGGGGAUGCGCAAUCCAUUCAAACCCUCAGCCUGCUCAGACAAAAGGUAUGGGAUAUAACGUCAUGCUUAUUAGGCUAACUCGAUCGUGAAUCUAACCCGUUUACCAUGCAUCCCUCUCUCCUCCCCCCCUCAGACAUACAGGUCCAAAGGUAAACCACAUAAACAGAUUUCUGAUAAUAUAGUGAAGGGCUUUUUAUCAUAGUAUAAAAUAUUACAGCACACACCUCAACCCCACCACAACAUUUUUCGGUAAGGCGUCUAUGUAUAUCAUUACACAAUGCAUGGCAUGCAUAGAGAAACAGUCUACAUUCUACCACACAUAGGUAUUUAUAGCUUGUAACCAUUAUUUCCCUCAUGGGUCCUUCAUCUCACCCUCUUAUUCUCCCUCGCACACAUACACUAACUGUGCUUUGUGAGCAUGACAGCAGAAGCAGCCUGCCUUGCAUAAGGCUCAAACGAGCACAAAUUGAAUAUUCUCAACCCGGUGAAAUGCAGCAGCCGUGGAAAGCACAACACCGUUACAUUAAUCACAAUCAUCAGCCUUGUAAUGUAACUCAGACAAUUCAAGCGACUAGGCUUCCACUCAAAGUCCAUUUGAACAUAACGACCUGGAGAGUCAGUCGCACUACAAACCACUACUCAACUUCUUUUAGGACCUGCCUUUUCUGAUCAGGUUUUCAACCCUGUUAUUCCUUCUCAUUAGAUGGAACAUGCAUGUUAAUGUUCACAAUCAACGACACGUCACACACAGUAAUGCAUCAGAUUAAUGGGGCAAUCCCUCGUGACAACAGUGGGCAGUGGAGGGUGAGAACAAACAGAAGGACACUUGGCCCCAGUAACAGUGUCCUGUCUGUGUAAUUCAGUAGACAUGGCCACAACCCAGAACCGCUGAACAGUGUCCUGUCUGGGAAAACAUCCCAGGCUUGGAGGUUCAUAUUCAAUCUAGCCUUGCCUUAUAUCUCACUGAAAUUACACUUAAACACACACAUAGGCCUACACAAACAUAAUAGCUGAACCAUAUCAACACAGAUUAUAAAAGCAGUGUUGACCAACAUGUUCAUGGAUUGUCAAUAUCUAAAACUCCAAAUACCAAUUGCACAAUCCAAUACCUCUAAUACACUGUUAGAUCUAAAAGCCACUGAAUCAAAAAACCAAUAGAAAAGAGGAAUCUAACAAUGUCCCAUUUCUACUUCCGCAGGUGAAUAACCAGCUCAACAAUGCCUAAAUCCAACCCACAAAUACUACACCCAUACCUGGCUCUACACCACUCCAAAUCCUAUCGGAGGCCUUCAAAGCGACGCUCCUCUCUAAAAGUUGUCCACCCAGACAGAAGCGCACCCCCUCCUAAACUGAAGCCAAAGGUGACCAGCCCUUCCCUGAGACCCCCUGCCUGCCCUCUGACCCCACAGACUGUAGUCUGGCUGGCCGUGGUAACCGGCUCCUGUUUCUUCCCUGCUCUACUUGGCCCAGGCCCGGGUGUGUCUGCUGGAGAGACUUGGGGCAUGGUCUCCAUCUGUCCCUUCCACUGUGUGUGCCGAAACCUCUCAGAGUCUCUGAGCACGCUCUGCGUCAACAAGGGCCUGCUGUUCGUCCCUCCUGACAUUGAUCGGCGCACCGUGGAGCUCCGUCUGGCAGAUAACUUCAUCCUGGAGGUGGGCAGGGUGGACUUUGCCAACAUGUCAGGCCUGGUGGAACUGACUCUGUCCAGGAACACCAUCCACACCCUGCGGCCCCUGGCCUUCGCUGACCUGGAGAGCCUGCGUUCACUCCACCUGGACACCAACCGGCUGACCAUAGUGGGGCCAAGAGACCUGUCCGGACUGACCAACCUACAGCACCUCAUCAUCAACAACAACCAGCUGACCGACGUCUCCGCCGAGGCCUUUGAUGACUUCCUGCAGACGCUGGAGGAUCUGGACCUGUCCUACAACAACCUAAGGAAGGUCCCUUGGGAUGCCAUCCAGAACAUGGCUAGCCUGCACACCCUUAACCUGGACCACAACCUCAUAGACCAGAUCGCUGAGGGCUCCUUCGGUGAACUCUACAAGCUGGCCCGCCUGGAUAUGACGUCCAACCGGCUGCAGACACUGCCUCCCGACCCCUUGUUCUCCCGCUCCCAGACGGGCAUGGUCAGCCCCACGCCCUACAGCACUUUUAUCAGCCUGAGCUUUGGGGGGAACCCCCUGCACUGUAACUGUGAGCUGCUGUGGCUGAGGCGGCUGAUCCGCAGCGACGACAUGGAGACGUGUGCCACUCCUGUCCACCUGGCCGGGCGCUACUUCUGGUCCAUCCCAGAGGAGGAGUUCACCUGUGAGCCUCCGCUCAUCACGCGCCACUCCAACAAGCUGUGGGUGCUGGAAGGCCAGAGGGCCACACUGAGGUGUCGUGCCAUCGGUGACCCCGAGCCAAUCAUUCACUGGAUCUCCCCUGACGACCGCAUCGUGGCCAACUCCAGCCGUGUGUACUCCUACUACAAUGGCACCCUGGACGUGCUGGUGACCCGUGCCCGUGACGACGGGGCUUACACCUGCAUCGCCAUCAACGCUGCCGGGGAGGCUACAGCCCUGAUAGACCUGAAGAUCAUCCCCCUCCCUCACCGCGGCAACAACACAGUCCCUCUCACCAACCCUCGUGGAGACCCAGGCUCCUCAGACAUUUCCAGUGGGAGAACAGGAGGAGCUGGUAGGAACGGGAAGGGUGGUGGUGGUUCUGUCAAGAACACCACAGGAGAGGGGGAGAGUGGAGAGAGGCGGGAUGGAGACGCCAGUACCAGUGAGCGUUUGGUGGGGGUCCUGGGGGUGACUGCCACCUCUGCCCAGGUGCGCUGGGUCCUGGGCCGGGCCACUGGGCCGUACCUGGUGUGGAUGUACCAGAUCCAGUACAACUGCACUGCAGACGACGCCCUGGUGUACAGGAUUCUGCCUCCUACAAGCAACUCUUUCCUGCUGAAGAACCUGGUGUCUGGAGCAGACUACAGCCUGUGUGUCCUGGCCAUCUUUGACGAUGAGGUGUCCACCCUGGCCACCACCAAGGUCCUGGGCUGCACCCAGUUCAGCACCAAGGAGGACUUCCCAGAGUGCCGUUCCCUGCAGGCCCACUUCCUGGGCGGCACCCUGACGGUCAUGGUGGGCGGGGUCAUCGUGGUAACUCUGCUGGUGUUCACCGUGGCGAUGAUGGUAAGGCACCGCGUCUGUGGAGACUGUCGAGACGAGGGCCACUACCCUGCCCAUCACCAUGACGACUUCCUGCCCUCCAAGGAAGGAGUGGACGUUUACGCUCAGACCAACGGAAACGGGAGUGUGAUGAUGGUGGCUCUGUCCAACAGCAUUCUUGGCCAACAAGCUAAGCCCCUGCCGUCGAAAAUCAGACCCCAAGCCAAGAACAAGCCCGGGAAACUGCCAAAGCUUGACUCCAAUCAGCUCAGUGGGGAGGGAAAGGCUGAGAAGCCGGGCCUGAAGAUGGCCGUGAGGGGGAAAGGAUUCCCCCCUUUCACCCUUGAGCGUGAGAGAGUGACACUGUACUACUCCCCUGCCAACACCUCCCAGACCUUACCCCAUCCCCGAGUUCACAAGGCCCAGAAACACUCAGGCAAGCUCAAGCUGCGCCGCUUUGAGGAGAAGGAGAGAGACUUGGACAAAAUGGUGAGCUCCAGAUGCAGCCUAGACUCUGAGGCCCAGGGGGAGGAGUCGGAGCACGUGAAGGACUCGAGGAGGGGCGAAUACCCGCCACUAGGGCCGACACGCAGCUGCUCCUUUGACAUGGGCGAGAUCACCACGACAACCUGCUACGGAUAUGCGAAGCGACUGAGUGUGAUAUGGACCAGGAGGAGCCAGUCGGUGCAGGGCAUGCUGGUCCAGUGCGCCUCAACGGCCAGUUCAGCGAGCAGCACAGGCAGCGACCACCACCCCCCAGCCCUCACUCAUGGCUACCUGCACGCCUACAACACCUCAAACUCCAGUGUGGCUGCCAACAUUGGAGACCUGGAAGAGAGUGUUUUAUAGGGUGGUGAAGAUGACAGAGGGACAAAAUGGAACCAAACAAAGAUUGAAAUGGACAGAAUUAACAGGGACAGGUGGAUCUAAAAUACAUACAAGCCAUUUGGCUUAAAAAAGACAAGAAAAUCUAAAAGCACACAGUGCAUUGCACAAGGAACAUAGCACAUGGUGAAGGAGAUUAUGCCACGUACGGUGUGGACAGAUGGGAGUGACAACUAUUGUGAAAAAAUAAGGUAUAAUGAUGUCUGCUGGUCAAAAGCUGUAAGAUACCGACUACCCAAAGCGUAUGGGGAUUACAACCGGAGACUUGUUUCAACAAGACUAAUUAAACAAUUAAUUCCUAUAGUAAAUAAAUCAACCGCUACUCAACAGCAGCGUCUCGACUUUGAAUGCCAAACCGCUGAGUAAAUCAGGCAUCAAACAACUGUGAUAAUCAGAUGCCAGUCAAUGAUCAUGUGUUUGUUUGCGAAGAGCAGGAAGCAGCCUAUCUGCAAACACAGAGGUGUUUGUCUAGCUGAGACGGGAGAGAGAGGCGAGAGAAUGAGGGGUAGAGACAUUGGCUGGGGGGAGCAGAAGAGCUGCAUGGCGUCAGGGAGGAGCUCGGAGACAACGCAGUAGACAGGGAGAGGGUUCAUGCUACAUGUCUAUUGAUGCCAUCUGUCAUGUACUUUUCUGUAGUAUACGUUCAUACCCGCAAAGCCCCGCCGAGCUCAAUUAGCACGAGCUGUGUGAUUGAGUGGCUGAUACACACAUAAGUGAGACAAGGAGAUAGUGAGAGAAGUGAAUGCGUCCGUUUCCUCCUUUCAUGCCAGAGGCAAACUGCUGACCUGUUUCAGCCAAUUAAAAAAAUGCUGAUAGGCGAAUUCACACAAACACAUUGUGAACUCUGCCAAGCGAUGCUGCAACUACUGACCUGCAGUUCUACAACCAACCAUUGUUCACAUUGUAGAGCACAGAUAUGUAAUGUACAGUGAGGGAAAAAAGUAUUUGAUCCCC